GCAUGGCAGGGAACGGGCCGCCUGCCCCCGCCGCCUGCCCCGAGCCUCUGCCCCGCAGCGUCUUCAAGAAGUUCCUGCUUAUGCUCAUGUCCCUGCUCAUGUCCCUCUACGUCUUCUACUGCCUGGCCGAGCGCUGCCCCAGCUUGCCCGGGCCCCUGCUGGCGGCCGCCCCGGAGCAGGCGGCGGGCGGCGGCGGGCGGCUGGAGCCGGGGUCCCCCUCGCUGGCCAGCUGCCCGCCGGCGGCCCGGAGGAAGCGGCCGAAGCAGCAGCGGCGGCGGCCCGACGUGCCCGGCCGAGGCGCGGGGUCGGGCGGCGGCGGGGAGCCCCCGGGCACGCUGGCCCUGCUGCUGGGCGAGGGCAGCAAGCGGCUGCCGCAGGCCAUCAUCGUGGGCGUGAAGAAGGGCGGCACGCGGGCGCUGCUGGAGUUCCUGCGGGUGCACCCCGACGUGCGGGCCGCGGGGGCCGAGCCCCACUUCUUCGACCGCGGCUACGAGCGGGGCUUCGGCUGGUACAGGGAGCUGAUGCCCAGAACCCUGGAUGGACAGAUCACCAUGGAGAAAACUCCCAGCUACUUUGUCACCAAGGAAGCACCUGCUCGAAUCUCCGCCAUGUCAAAGGGCACCAAGCUCAUCGUGGUGGUGCGGGAUCCCGUGACCCGAGCCAUCUCCGAUUACACGCAGACUCUCUCGAAGAAGCCCGAUAUCCCCACCUUUGAGAGCCUGACCUUCAAAAACAGGACUACAGGCCUGAUCGACACCUCGUGGAGCGCCAUCCAGAUCGGCAUCUAUGCCAAGCACCUGGAGAACUGGCUCCUCUACUUCCCCAUUGGGCAGAUCCUCUUCGUCAGCGGGGAGAGGCUGAUCAGCGACCCCGCCGGGGAGCUGGGCAGGGUCCAGGACUUUCUGGGCCUUAAGAGGAUCAUCACGGACAAACACUUCUACUUCAACAAAACCAAGGGCUUCCCCUGCCUGAAGAAAGCUGAAGGCAGCAGUAAACCCCACUGCCUGGGGAAAACGAAAGGCAGGACCCACCCCAGUAUAGACAGAGAGGUGGUGCAGAGACUGCGAGAGUUCUACAGGCCUUUCAACAUGAAGUUCUACCAGAUGACUGGGCACGACUUCGGCUGGGACUGAGGCUGAAAAAAAGAAUAAUUUAAGAAAAGAAAAAAUAUAAUAUAAUAUAUAUUUUUUUUACAUAUCAGUAGAGAGGAAAUGUAAGAGGUGUGCUGAAAACGCUCUCCAUUCUGUUUGUUCUUUUUGACACGAUGUCACUGCUUGGUUUGUUUUCUUUCCUCUGUUAGCAGCGGGUUGGUGUCUGCUUCCACGGUCGAGGCAAGGUGGCUGUGGACCAAAGCUUGGUGCUAUUGAAGUCAAGAGGGCUCUGGCCCUUUGUCAGUGGUUUCAGGAUUUGACACUAUGUCUAUAUAAAAGUCCAGGAACAACAUUUUCAGAUUUGCCUAAGUGACUUAGGAGCCUAAGUUUUAUUUUUCAAAAGCGACAUAGGCACUUAGAAGAGCCUAACUCUCAUUGAAAGUCAAUAGGAUGUAGGCUUCUAAGGCCCAGAUUUUAAAAGGUAUUUAGGCGUUGCUGUGCUCAGCCUUGCAAUGUCUAACUGAUUUAGGCACCUAAAUUUCAUCAUUAAGAUUGAGGCUCCUAAUCACUUUUGAAAAUGGGAUCUAGGCUCCUAAAUCAGUUAGGUAUUGCAACAGUGAGUAC